AUGCCCUUGGGAACUACCAUGGGAAGAGAGAAUAAAGGCGAGAAGGAAAGAGAAGAGAAGAAAGGGAGGACGCGGGAGGAGUCAGGCUGCAUCAGAGCUUCAUCUGCAGAAACCAGGCUGCGCUCUUCCUCCAGGGAGCUGGGAAAGGGCGGCCACAGCAGUUCCACACCGGAAGGCCCAGGUCUGGCUUCUGACCCUCCAGGACUGCGGGCCCUGAGCCCCAGCUGGGAGGAGACGGAGCUGGUGUCCCAGGAGCUGCAGGAUUGCAGAGUCCGGGGGACUACUCUGCAUCCUGGCCCUGCAUCUGCACCCCUGCAGGGUCCGACAGCCCAGUCACCACCUCUCGCUGGCUGUGAAGGUGUGUGUGUUAGUGCAGCCCAGAGUCGGGCACGGGCAGCGGCCCUGGUACUGGAACCAGACGCAGGCUGUUCUGUGGGCCAGAAGGCAGGGGCCACAAGGAUUAUCAUCCAGACCAGCGUGGCGUUGAGAGCCGAAACGAGCAAAGGCCAGGGCUUUGUGAGUGAGGAUGAAUACCUGGAAAUCUCUGACAUCAAAUGUGACCAGUCUGGGGAGUAUGAGUGCAGUGCCUUGGAUGACGUCGCUGCCCCUGACGUGCGGAAAGUAAAGAUCACUGUCAACUACCCCCCCUAUAUCUCCAAAGCCAAGAACACAGGGGUCUCCGUUGGCCAGAAGGGCAUCUUGAGCUGUGAAGCCUCGGCAGUGCCCAUGGCUGAGUUCCAGUGGUUCAAGGAAGAUACUAGGCUGGCCACCGGCCUGGAUGGCAUGAGGAUCGAGAACAAAGGCCACAUAUCCACGCUGACUUUCUUCAACGUCUCAGAGAAGGAUUAUGGGAACUAUACUCCUGUGGCCACGAACAAGCUUGGGAUAACCAACGCCAGCAUCACACUGUAUGAAAUAAGCCCCUCAUCAGCAGUGGCAGGGUCUGGAGCCGUCAUUGAUGGUGUAAACUCGGCCUCUAGAGUGCUCGCUUGCCUCUGGCUAUCAGGGACCCUCUUUGCCCACUUCUUCAUCAAGUUUUGA